AUGGCAACCAGUCUGCUUGAUUCCAAAACCACCAACUUCACCAACCCCUCCACUUUCAUCCUACUGGGUAUCCCUGGACUGGAGGCGGCCCAUGCCUGGCUCUCCAUUCCGUACUCCAUCGUAUACGCCAUGGCCAUCUUGGGCAACUUCACCAUCCUGUUCAUUGUGAAGAUGGAGCCGAGCCUCCAUGAGCCCAUGUACUAUUUCCUCAGCAUGCUGGCUGCCACCGACCUAGUCCUGUCUACAUCCAUCCUGCCCAAAAUGCUGGUGAUUUUCUGGUUCAAUUCCAAGGAGAUCGAUUUCGAUGCUUGCCUCACCCAGAUGUACUUCACUCACUGCUUCACUGCAAUGGAGUCUGGGAUCUUUGUGGCCAUGGCAUUUGAUCGCUACGUGGCCAUCUGCCAUCCCCUGAGACAUUCCUCCAUCCUGACAAACCCAGUGGUUGCCAAGAUUGGCCUGGUUGUGGUGCUGCGUGGGAUCAUUCUCAUACUGCCUCAUCCUUUCCUGGCGAGGUGGCGGCCAUAUUGCUCCACCAACAUUAUCGCCCACACAUACUGUGAGCACAUGGCUGUGGUGAAGCUGGCCUGUUCCGAUACCCGCAUCAGCAAUUACUAUGGCCUGUUUGUGGUAUUUUUUGUUGCGAGUGUGGAUUUGUUUUUCAUCGCUGUGUCCUAUACUCAGAUCCUCAGGGCCAUCUUCAGACUGCCCACAAAGGAUGCCCGGCUCAAGACUUUUGGGACCUGCGGCUCCCACCUUUGUGUCAUUUCAUGCUCUUACAUCCCUUCUCUUUUCUCCUUCCUCACACACCGGUUUGGCCAGAAUGUUCCCAUGUAUUUCCACAUUCUCAUUGCCACCGUGUAUCUCUUGCUGCCCCCCAUGCUGAACCCCAUCAUCUAUGGAGUGAGGACCAAACAGAUCUGGGAGAUGCUUCUCCGACUCUUUCCUCCUAAAGGGUACUGA